AUGCCCCCCAGCGCGCCGAGUACCACACACGUCUUCUCACGAAGGGCGAGCAGUGUCUCGCAACGACCAGGCGCGAGCCAUGUAUCGUUCCCCGGCGCCGUGAAGAGCGCGUUUACGAGCGACCUACAAUUCGUGCUUGCGUCCGAGUCGCCGUCACUGCCCACAUACCGAGUGGUAGAUCAAGAUGGGAAAAUCGUGGACUCAUCUUUCAAGGCCGAUCUUAGCGACGAGGAGAUAAUAAAGCUCUACAGAAACAUGCUUUUGAUCUCCAUUAUGGACGUCGUAAUGUUUGAUGCGCAACGCCAGGGUCGUCUUAGCUUUUACAUGGUAUCAGCUGGCGAGGAGGCUAUCAGCAUUGGUUCGGCGUCCGUGUUGGAGAAAGAGGACGUAGUCUUCUGUCAGUAUCGUGAACAAGGCGUUUUCAGGCAGAGGGGGUUUGAGCUGAGCGAUUUCAUGAACCAGCUAUUUGCGAACACCAAGGAUCCGGGAAGGGGCAGGAACAUGCCAGUGCAUUAUGGAAGUAAAGAGCUGAAUAUUCAUACAAUUUCGAGCCCGCUAGCGACACAGAUUCCCCACGCCAGUGGAGCAGCCUAUGCACUCAAGAUGCAGAGGAUCAAUGAUCCCUCCAUACCGCCCAGAGUUGCUGUGGUCUAUUUCGGCGAAGGCGCGGCAAGUGAAGGAGAUUUCCACGCAGCGCUCAACAUCGCGGCGACACGGGCAUGCCCCGUUGUCUUCAUAUGUCGGAAUAACGGAUAUGCGAUUUCGACGCCCACACUGGAGCAGUACCGUGGUGACGGGAUUGCAAGUCGCGGUAUUGGGUAUGGGAUUGACACGAUAAGGAUUGAUGGGAACGACAUAUGGGCAGUAAGGGAAGCUACGAAAAAGGCACGAGAAAUGGCGCUCCAUGAUGGUGGGAAACCGGUUCUCAUCGAAGCCAUGAGUUAUCGCGUCAGCCAUCACAGUACAUCAGAUGACUCGUUUGCGUACCGUGCUAGAAUUGAAGUUGAGGAUUGGAAACGAAGAGACAAUCCCAUCUCAAGGUUACGUAAGUAUAUGGAAAUGAAGGGCAUCUGGGAUGAAAGCCAAGAGAAGGACGCUAGAGAUAGCAUCAGGAGAGACGUGUUGAAAGCAUUCUCCGAGGCGGAGAAAGGGAAAAAACCGCCAAUCAGGUCAAUGUUCGAGGAUGUCUACGAAGAGUUGACUCCGGACCUCGUGGCACAAAUGAAGCAACUGAGAGACCAUUUAGAUAGAUACCCGGAUGAGUACGACGUCAACGAGUUUGAGGGCGGGAAGAAUAGUCUAGACCAAUGA